UCUGGGCAUCUUCCCCCUCUUUCUUCCCCUCAUUGCCCCUCUCCUGCCUUCCGCAGUCUCCCAGGCACUGGACUGUACGCUGUGGGCUUCUUUGGUCACUCCUCGGUCUAACUCUGCUCAAUUCCACUCUGGACCUGCUGCAAGUAGCCUUCUAGCCCGGGUUUUGCCCCGUUAAGCCCAUCAGCCACCGCGUUCUUGCCUGGUGACUGGAUCACCUGGCUGUCAGAAACAAACACGCGUUCACACACCGUCUUAAAUCUCAUUAUUGCUGCCUUGACACCAAAUUGUCGAGAGACGUGGCAAUUUGACCCUCUCUGAGCCAUUCUACACAUAAAUCAAGAUGGCCACUCCAGCUCAAUGCUACUACUGCUUCGAGACCCUUGCUGCCUCUUAUAGGCGCAACGAACCCAUCAGCCUUGCGUCCGUCGAAGAGCUUUGGGAACGGCAUGAACAAUAUAAAAAGCUCGCCGCGUUGGACGACGAUGGUGAUUCCCAAUCCGUAGACGAUGACGAAGUAACCGGAGGACCCGCUGGGAACAGCAGUCGCUCCCAGAAGAUCAAAGUCCCCAGGGUCAGCCGACUGCAGUCUGGCUCAAGCUCGUCUACAACACCCUCCAUCACCUCCGCCAAUUCAUCACAAUCCAUCCUCUCAAGCUCCACCACUGUCACAACGCCCAGUUCCCUAUCAACACAGUCCGACACAGCAAGCCGCAAGCCGCGAGAAGAGAAAUACCCCCUAUUUGUAACAUGGAACACCAUCUCAAAACAUGGCCACAAAUCACUCCGCGGAUGCAUUGGCACCUUUGAAGCCCAAGAACUUGCUGAGGGCCUGAAGUCCUACGCCCUCACAUCCGCAUUUGAUGAUACUCGGUUCUCCCCGAUCCCCGAGUCUCUUCUACCCUCUCUAUCUUGCUCAUUGACCCUCCUCGGGUCCUUCGAGCCAUGCACCAACGCCAUGGACUGGAUCCUCGGCGUGCAUGGACUCCGCAUCUCCUUUAUCCACCGCGGGAGACGCUACGGAGCCACCUACCUCCCCGACGUCGCCGUAGAGCAGGGCUGGACCAAAGAAGAGACCGUCAUUAGCCUGAUGCACAAAGCAGGCUGGGACGGGCCGACCGAGAGCAUGGCCAGACGGUUCCUGCGAGGCAGCAACAGUAACAGUACCAGUCACGGAGCAACCAAGCCAUGGGAGCAGGUCUCCGACUUCCGAGCUGUCAAAUACCAGGGCCUUAAAGCCAGCAGCAGUUACGCGGACUGGCAAGAUUGGCGCCAAUGGGUUCUCUCGUUGGACGACAGGAGCGAACAGCUCUUGAGUUAAUUCGCCAUCGACAAUCGAUUGAACCAACGAUCUACUUUAUGAUACGAUGGCGUCAAUGAGACGGACAAUGGCGUUUUCUCUCUUCUCCUCUCUUGGCUAUUGCAUACAUCUGCUACAUGACUAUGAAGAGUUAGUUUCAUUCCUCUGGCUUGAUGACAAUUUAGCCGGAUAAAUCAGAAACCUGGGCUGGACAUAUGUCAAUCAUACGGCAAAGACAUGACAUGAGCACAAACAUCAUUUCGUAAAGCCCACGAGGUGUACCUAUAUGCAGGGCCUCCAUAUUAUG